ACAGAGAAAGGAAGUGCAAACAGCACACAACGGUUGCCAGCAGCAGAGAGUUGAAGCAACGAACGAUCAACUUCCUCCCUAAACCACCUUUCUCUUCAACUUUUCCUCAAGAACACGACAGAUCGUCUGCUCGGAGCUAUCUGGCAUGUGUUUGAUGGCGUUCCGAUGCAUGGAGACCGUCGCCCAAAGCUUGCACACAUUCGAGGAGGAGAGCUUGCCACGGAGCGUGCAUCUGGCAGAGCCUGCGAAUGAGGAUGUGCAGCCAGUGGGGAACAAAAAGAGUCGAGCCGUGCUGAAGGAUGAUUUCGAACAGUUUUAUGGCAUGAACUUGUGUGAGCACACCCUCUAUCAGGGCAAUCAGGGCAUGGAAUGUUCAAGAAACAGAAGAGCAAGCUCCGGAUCCCUCCAAGAAAAGCAAGGCCCUAGCCCCCUCAAUCGACGUUUUUCGUGCUACCUUGGACAAUCUUUCUCUGAGGACCAUGACGUGUUGACGUCUGCUUCGAAAGACAACAGACUUCUCGAGAUUUUGCAAGGGCUUGCGGAGAAAAAUGUCGUUGAGAAGCUGCAAUGCUAAAGGGAAAUCGCUUCGCCUCAAUGUUUAUUUAUGUUUGUUUCUGUUAAUUCCUUUUAUCUUUUGUAUAUGAAACCUCGUUGAUCAC